AAUCUUCUAUGACCGACUCAAUGAUUAGUUUCAUAAUAAGCCUAAAUAUUCUAAAUUAUGGCAAUAUCUUGAAGCAUACUGAGGGUCAAAAACUUUAAUUGCAGUAACUUAGAUAUAAACUAUUACAUAUGUUUUAAAAUUUGUUGAGAUGACUACAACUUCAUUUUUUACAUAUUAAACUAGAUACUUGUCUCUUCAAAUUUCUACCAUUUCUUAAUUGGAAAUGAGUAUUUUAGACGUUGGAGUACAUCCUAAUUGUUAGUGAGUCUUGUUUAGCCAUGUGGACAAUAUUCAUGUACAAUUUGUCAUUUUGCUUUGGCAGCUACCUAAUCUUUUUUUAAUAGAUAAAAUCAUAGAAACACAUUAUCUAUAUCUAUUUUGUGGAUAUAUUAUCAAAACAAAUAUUAUAUUAAUCAAUCAGAAUGUUAUUUUGAGGAGCCAAAAGAACACGAUCAAUUUGUGUUUGAUUACAUAUCAAUAAUAACUCUUGCUUGAAGUAGCAGUGUGUGUUCAUGUUCAAUCUUAGCAACUUCUGAGGAAAAAAGACUAAAUAAAAGAGUAUGGCUGAAAUCAAAGGCGAGCACAAUGUCCAUGUUGUUUCGGAAGAAGAGCCAGUUUCAGCAAAACCACUGCCUAACAAGCCAAAGCGAGUUGCGUCGCUUGACAUCUUCCGGGGUCUUACUGUUGCACUUAUGAUCUUGGUUGAUGAUGCUGGAGAUCAAUGGCCAGUGAUUGGUCAUGCGCCGUGGAAUGGCUGCCAUCUUGCUGAUUUUGUUAUGCCUUUCUUUUUGUUCAUUGUAGGAAUGGCCAUUCCACUUUCUCUCAAGAAAAUACCAAAUAAACUUCUAGCUGUUAAAAAGGUGAUAGUAAGAACACUGAAACUCCUCUUCUGGGGUCUGCUCUUACAAGGUGGCUUUUCACAUGCUCCUGACCAUCUAUCAUAUGGAGUUGACGUGAAACACAUAAGGUGGUGUGGUAUUCUUCAGAGAAUUGCUCUAGCAUAUUUGGUCGUGUCACUGGUGGAGAUAAUUUCAAGAAGUGGACAAGCCAGAGAUGAUCCGGAACACACAAACCUCUCGAUAGUUAAGCUGUACUAUUGGCAUUGGCUGGUAGCGGCGUGUAUAGUUAUAGUUUACAUGACUUUACUUUAUGGAAUACAUGUUCCAGACUGGACAUUCACUGUUCAUAAUCCAGACAGCAUAUAUAACGGCACAACUUUCACCGUGUCGUGUGGUGUCCGAGGGAAACUUGACCCUCCUUGUAAUGCCGUGGGAUAUAUUGACAGAGUGGUGCUUGGAAUUAAUCAUGUGUAUAAGAAGCCAGCUUGGAGGAAAUCUGAAGCUUGUACCAUGAAAUCUCCGUAUGAAGGGCCUUUUAAAAAAACUGCUCCUGCAUGGUGUUAUGCUCCUUUUGAACCAGAAGGAAUUCUGAGCUCAAUAUCUGCUAUUCUAUCCACGAUCAUCGGAUUGCAUUAUGGACAUGUACUCGUACACUUGCAGGAUCAUCUUUCUAGAUUGAAGCAAUGGAUUCUCAUAGGCCUAGCUCUCCUUACUUUAGGAUUUGUUCUUCAUUUCACCCACGCCAUUCCUUUGAAUAAACAGCUCUACUCGCUAAGCUAUGUUUGCGUAACAUCUGGUGCAGCGGCUUUAGUUUUUUCAGCCUUCUAUGUAAUGGUUGAUAUUCUCGGAUUAAAAUUAUUGUUCGUCCCUCUUAAAUGGAUCGGUAUGAAUGCCAUGUUUGUCUUUGUCAUGGCAGCUGAGGGAAUCUUCGCAGGAUUCAUCAAUGGGUGGUAUUAUGACAACCCUCAAAAUACACUGAUCUAUUGGAUCCAAGAGCAUGUCUUCAUUAGAGUUUGGCAUUCAACGAAACUAGGUAUGUUACUGUAUGUGAUCUUCGUCGAGAUCCUAUUCUGGGCUGUCAUAGCAGGCAUUUUGCACCAAUUGGGAAUAUAUUGGAAGCUUUGAACUUUAAAAAUAAUGAACGUGCAUGCUGUUUUUUAUUUAUUGAUUGCUGAAUGUAAUCUUGUUUUUUUGUGUGUGUAAUAUAAGUGAGAUGUCGUGGAUUGGAAUUCACGCCCCUGCAAUAAGAUGUAUCUACGGAGCUACCAAUUGAGCUAGCUAUCAAUUAAGUUGAUUUAUCAUAUUUGUUA